GCGCCGCAACCGCCCCAACCGCCGCGCGGCCCAGGGGCGCCAUGAGGAGCCCGCGCUGCGUCCCGCUGCUGCUGCUGUUGCUGCUGCUGCUCACGCCCCCCGCCGGGGACGCCGCCGUCAUCACGGGGGCCUGCGACAGGGACCCCCAGUGUGGCGGAGGCAUGUGCUGUGCUGUAAGCAUCUGGGUUAAGAGCAUCCGGAUCUGCACACCCAUGGGCAAGGUGGGGGACAGCUGCCACCCGCUGACUCGGAAGGUUCCAUUUUUCGGACGGAGAAUGCACCACACCUGCCCCUGCCUGCCGGGCCUGGCCUGCGUGCGGACUUCAUUUAACCGGUUUAUUUGUUUAGCCCGAAAGUGAUCCCGUGAGAGCUGGAGCUUUCUACGCCAGCCGCGUCGGGCCGCCUGCAGAGUCUGACCUGGAUCCCGCCCGCCGGGCAGUGCCAGGGAGAAAAUCCGCGCCGGCCUUCCGAGCAACAUUUCAUCUUCGAUUCUUCACUUUUUGUUUCUUUUCGUCGAAAGGGAAUUUUAAUUUCGGACAGAAAUGUGGAGCGCAGAGUAUUCCGGCACCAGUUGUCGUUUCUCUGUUUGGGUUAGGGUUUGGUUUGGCUUUGUUAGUGCCAAUAACUCACCCGCUGGCACAAAGAUGAGAAUAAGAAUUGGUAUUUUGUUACAGGAACAUUUUUUUUUUUUUUACUCCACCCCUCCCUGCCCUGUCCCUGCCAGUUGUGCAGUUGUGUGUGUGUACACACUCAUGCACACACAACUCACACACACACAUACACACACACUUGGUCUUUGUCUCUUCGUCUCAGAAGAUUUAUAAAGCCCUUGCUUUGUCCCCCAUUUCCCGUCUCCCCCGGUGGCAUUUUAAAGUGGAAGUUCUGCGACCUGUAGUCUGCCGGUGGACUCCCCGGCGAGAACUAAGCCAUCCCCCUAAGCAGGGACCAGUGGGGACCCCUGAACCAGGCACUGCAAACUCUCUUCUUGGCGGAGGCAGGGAGUGCCCCGGGAACUCUCCCGAGCCCGUCGUUCUGGGUGGACCUCAGUUCUGCCCUUGACUGGUGAGGACAAGAAUCAGCGGGAAGCCACGCUGAUUGGGUCCAGAUUGCUAGCUGUGGGGGUUCCGUUUGAAUUAGAGUCGUCUUUUCCAAUCCAAUAGCGUACCUAUUCUUUUCCUUUUUUAUGAAGUUUACUUUUU